CAGUUUCAGACCACCAGCUAGAAGGACUUGCGCCUGCGCGCUAGAAAUCACUGUCCGCCAUUCCGGCCAAUAGGAACGGAGGUGCGAAUAGCGGAGGUUGGUGUCCCCCCGCUGGGGUGAUCUGGCGCAGAGCGGAGGAGGUGCUUCGCGCUUGCUCCUGCUCCGCCCCAAUCUUUGCGGCCCCACGGAGGUUGGCCUUGUUCUUGUGUCCUCCAGUAGAAUGUGGAUGACACCAAAGAGGUGCAAGAUGGAAAUCGAGGAGUCUCGGGGUUUCCGGCCCGAGUGGACACAGCGUUUCUUGGUGGUGGAGCCUCCGGAGGGCGAAGGGGCCUUGUGCCUGGUCUGUGGCCACCUCGUCGUACCCAUCUGCGAACGCGACGUCAGGCGCCACUACGAGGCAGAGCAUCAGUACUACGAGCGGUAUGUGGAGGGCGAGCGCGCGGCCCUGGUGGAGCGUCUGCGUCAGGGAGAUUUGCCGGAGAUCCCCCCGCUCACUCCCGAGGAGAGAGCUGCUCGUGCAGGCCUAGGGCUCGCUCGCCUCUUGGCCUUAAAGGGUCGCGGCUGGGCCGAGGGAGGCUUUGUAUACCAGUGCAUGGAGGUGAUGCUGAAAGAUGUACUGCCAGAUCACGUAAGCGUCAUCGGUGGCAUCGAUUUAUCUCCAGAGAUCACCCAGCAAAGGGUCCUUAAAAUUAACGAGAAUCUACGCAGUCAGCUUUUUAACCGAGCCAAGGACUUUAGAGCCUAUUCCCUUGCCUUGGACGACCAGGCUUUUGUUGCCUAUGAGAACUACCUCCUGGUCUUUGUCCGCGGCGUAGACCAGGACUUGGAGGUGCAAGAAGAGCUUCUGACCAUAGUCAACCUGACUCAUCAUUUCAGUGUUGGUGCCCUCAUGGCGGCAAUCCUUGAGGCCUUGCAGACAGCAGGGCUUAGCUUGCAGCGAAUGGUUGGACUAACCACAACCCACACUUUGAGAAUGAUUGGUGAGAACUCAGGACUGGUGUCAUACAUGAGAGAAAAGGCUGUAAGCCCCAACUGUUGGAAUGUCAUCCAUUAUUCAGGAUUCCUUCACUUGGAACUGUUGAGUUCCUAUGAUGUUGAUGUUAAUCAGGUCAUAAAUACCGUUUCUGAAUGGAUAGUUUUGAUUAAGACAAGAGGCGUUAGACGACCGGAAUUUCAGGCUUUACUAACUGAAUCUGAAUCAGAGCAUGGCGAAAGGGUUAAUGGACGGUGUCUGAACAAUUGGCUUAGAAAAGGGAAAACUUUAAAACUAAUAUUUUCUCUAAGGAAGGAGAUAGAAGCAUUCUUGGUUUCGGUAGGGGCAACAACAGUCCAUUUCACCGACAAACAAUGGCUUUGUGACUUUGGCUUCUUGGUGGACGUUAUGGACCAUCUUCGAGAACUCAGUGAGCUCUUGCGAGUCAAUAAAGUCUUUGCAGCUGCUGCCUUUGACCAUAUUUGUACCUUUGAAGCUAAGCUGAAUUUACUUCACAGACAUAUUGAGGAAAAAAAUCUAACACACUUUGCUGCCCUCCGAGAAGUUGCUGAUGAGCUUAAACAGCAUCUUAAAGAAGAUGAUAAAGUACUUGCGGCAGAUCGGUAUCAAGGUGUGAUCUGUCGCCUACAAAAAGAAUUUGAGAGACAUUUUAAGGACCUCAAGUUCAUUAAAAAGGACUUAGAACUUUUUGCAAAUCCAUUUAACUUUAAACCUGAAUAUGCCCCUAUUUCAGUAAGGGUGGAGCUCACAAAACUUCAGGCAAACACUAACCUUUGGAAUGAAUACAGAAACAAAGACUUGGGGCAGUUCUACGCUGGAUUGCCCGCCGAAUCUUACCCAAUUAUCAAAGGGGUUGCCUGUAAGGUGGCAUCCUUGUUUGAUAGUAGCGAAAUCUGUGAAAAGGCAUUUUCGUAUUUGACUCGAAACCAACACACUUUGAGCCAGCCAUUGACAGAUGAGCAUCUCCACGCCCUGUUUAGGAUUGCUACAACUGAAAUAGAGCCGCAUUGGGAUGCUCUUGUGAGAGGAAGAAAUGAACCUAAUCCAUGAGGAUUUGUAAUUCAACAUUGAAACAAGAAGAAUCCAGUUCUAAAGGCGAAAAUUUGUUUGAUUUUUCAAGUUUACUAAUUUGAAUCAUAGGAAAGCACCAAGUUUAUUCAUCCAAAUUGAUUAUGAUUCAAAUUCUUCUUUUUUUUUUCAUCUCAAGAGGCAGCAUGGGACUGAAACAUGCGAACACCUCUUUUAAAACUUAAUGAUAAAAUCAUUUUCUUUUGCUUUUAUGGCAGUUGUUUUAAAAAAGUUUGGUACUGAUAAUGUGAGUUUAAUUAGAAGUCGGUUUUUAAAGUGUUUCAAAGAAAUUUUAGCUUUUAUUUUAACAAAAUGUUAAAAUUCUGAUGCGUAUAGUCUGAAAUUAUCAACUCUUUAAAUGUACGUUUGAGCAAAUUUACAGAAACUCAGCAAGUUUAGAAGUUUCUGUAAAGGAAGAACGUACAUUCAUUGGAAAUAUUUUGUCUAACAGAAAGUUUGAAACUAUUUUUUUUAAACAUUUCUGAAUCUGAGGUAAAUAUUGACAGAUUACCUCCAUCUCCCCUCCUCCCUACCUACCGCAGCGAUAAUUAUUAUUACUAAUAGAGAAAGUAAUCAAAUAAAAUUUUAGGAGCAAGAAUUAUUUUUAAAUUGCAGAUUAGGAGGCUUCCUGCAAUUUGGAGAUCAGACUAACCAAUUAUUGGAGGUUUCUCCUGAAUUUUUCACAAUUGGGUGCUGUUUUACCAGCUUGCCUAAUAAAGGACUAUGGUAAGUAUGGAAUCUUAAUGAUUGCCCAUUAGCAAUUCUUUUUUCUAUUUCAGGCAGAAGUUUGGCCUUAUUAAUAAGGGUAAGGAAAAAAAGAUUUUUGCACACCAGAAUCAGGAGGUGUGAGAUAUUUUAGCUUAUUUGUCCUGUCUGCAUGGGUGUUACCUUUACGAAGAAAUUCUGCUUAAAGGAAACCCUUUAUUUUAUAGCGAUAUCAGAUUUUGUCAACAGAUUUUGUUAGCUGUUGGAAAUGGAUUUAUAGAAUUUGAAACUGCCCCCCCCCACAUUCUGUAUUUGAGACAGUGCGCACGUAAAAAUAUUUAGCUCUCAAGAAGCACCUUUAUUCACAGAUUGUAGCAAUGUCAUAUUUCUAGUGAGACAUCUGCUUUGUGCUAAAACAGUAAUUCUCAAACUUAAGUUAACCGUGAAAAGGAAAUCGUACAAUAAAGCCAAAUAAGCAAAAUGAUUUAAAAACAGGACCCAAUUUCUAGAGUCUCUCAAGUAAAUUAGAAAAACUUGUGCUAAAGUCUUGUCUUAAUGAUUGUAACACAUUAUAUUCUGUGGUCACUAAUCCAGCAAAUUCAAGGUACCAGGAUGCAACUAAGAAUUUAGAAAGAACUGGUACCUGAACAAUCAAAGUAGAUAAUAUAGGAUCCCGUGACAAAAAUUGUGUCAGUGGUUCUCAACCAGAGACAAUAACUUUUCUUUCCAAAGGAUGUUGGCAAACAUGGGGGACUUUUUUUGGUUGUUACAUUUCCUUGGAGUGGGUGGGGCGGGGGGUGGUUCUGCUGGCAUUUAAGUGCAUGGGACAACCUGGGACAAUGAAGAAUUAUCCCUCUGAAAGUGCCAGUAGAUCCCCAGUGUAGAUUUUUUUAUUUUGAGGGAUGGAAAAUUACCGGUAGAAGCAAAAUUAGAAGGUCAAUUUGGGCAAACUAACGUAGGGGAAACUAAUUCCAACAUUCUAAGUUUGGCUGGUAAGGUGCAAUAAAGGCCUUGAUAGGUUCUGGUUGCUCACUAUAGCAUAAGUCAGUAAUUGAUUAAAGGUUCUAUUCUGCUAUAAGUAAGUAAUUGACAAGCAAGUGGUAUAAAGAUGUUUAUCAAGAGUGGUCAAGUUGAGAUUUUGGUUAACAGGGAAUAGUAAGUAGGCUUAAAUAUUUGAAAAACCAACAUAGUAAAAAACCAACCAAACAAAAAUCUACCGGUAAUUUCCCAGUAGCUUGGAGUAUUCUCUGUCAUGGCAAGUGCUUUAUUGAAAGGAUGAUUGGAGACCUGAAAGCUGUUUCUGCUUUCUAACCCAGUUCCUCAAAUAUUAAAGUCUUGUACAUUUUGUGAAGUUCUAGUAUAUAUUUUGCUUAAGGUAAUAAUAAAAUUAGUUUGCAUCAUAUAGUCACUGAGUGGGGGGUGGGGGAGAUAUAAGCCAAGGAUUUUAAAUGGAUCCCGAAUAAUAGAGAGUUUACUAUAAACUAGUCUUGUUUGUAAAAAAAAGAAAAAAAGUGUGUAUUUUACUGUUUUCUGUAUUUAGUAAUUCUGUAACUGCAUGGCAGUCUUUUGUGUUUGAAAUAUUUUUUAUAAAGUAGUUGUUAUUGGUCCUGUUGUAUCAGUGAAUAUAGUUAAAAUAAGUACUAUUUUUAAAAAACUAUUAUCUCCCUGUAUCUCCUAUUCCUACUGGUUUCUUCUUGAAAGAUUUGUCUGUAUUCCUGGUCUCCCAUAUUUCCACUCAAACUGUUCUACUUAGCUCACAAAGUCCUUGUCAGUAUUCUUACCGUCUGAUACUACUGACCACUCUCCUUGAAAUACUUGUUUACUUUGGCUUUGGGGCGAUAGCAUCUCCAGGUAUGCUUAGUCUUCUUUGCAGAUACCGCUUUCCCUUAAAUAUCUGUGUUCUUGGGAUUUUUUGGCUAUCUUAUUCACAUCAUCUCUUAGCUUUCUCAUCUUUCAUGGCUUCAGUUACCACCUGUAUGCAAAUGAAUCCCGAAUUCAUAUCUCCUUUCUAGACCUUUCCUAAUUCAUAUAUCUAAUUGCUAACAAGUCCAUGUUGCUCUCUCAUAGGCACCAUGGCAUGUCAUUGGUCUCAUCCCCAAACUUCUCCUCUCAUGUGUCUUCUUUUAGUAAAUGACACUACCACUACUAACCAUUCAAUUGCACUUGCCAAGCCAAAAACUAAGUUAUCCAUGACUUUUCAUUCAUCACAUCUACUCACAAAAACCUUUCUGUUACGUCUGCCGUCUAAAUUUUUCUCAGUUCUCCAGUGCUACUAUUCUGAUUCCAGCCAUUAGCCCACCUAGAUGAUAGCAGCAGCCUCCUCCUUAGUUUCCCUCUCUCUGAUUUUGAUCCCUUUUCACACUGCAGCCAGAUUGUUGCAAAAGACAUUUCUGGUCACAUCACUCCACUGCUUUCUCCACUGCUCCUAAGAUAAGGCACAAUUUCUAUUUAUCUUUCAGGUCUCACUUGAUAUACCAUUUCCUCUAGGAAACUUUCAUUGACGCCCUCUAGACUAGCUGCCCCUACUACACACUCCCUAAAUAGCUGUUCUUUCCCAGCCACACACUUAGCACGCUUUAUUGUUACUUCUUAUUAAUCACUGCUAGACUGUAAACUUUAUAAGGGCAGGAACCUUAUGCCUCGCUCACUGUUGUGUCUCUAGUGCUUAGUAUAAUGCCUGGCAUUUCAAUAAAUGUUUGGAUGCAUAAAUGUUUGUGUAGUGUUUUACAAUCUUUGAAGCCCUUUCACAGUCUUAUUUCACUGUCACAGUGGUCUUGCCUUAGUCUGUUCACUGGGUGAUUAUUAUCCACAUAUUACAAAUUAAGGAAUGACGCUAAGUUUUUUUUGUGACUAGAGAUCUCAUUGUAUUCCCAGAAUUUAGCUUAGUGCUUGGCAUGUGGCUCAAAUGUUUAUUAUGAGUAUGUCGUUGGGGAAACAAACUUAGAUUGUAAUUUGCCCUAGCAAACAUAGUAGUAAAGCCAGGAUUCAAACCCAGACAUAAUCACAUAAAUCCACUAUGUAAUUAAGUAAGUCCUUACUUCCUUGAUAUAGAAGUCUUUUUUUUUUUUUUUUUUUAAUUUCUAAAGGCAGACUUCCAAAAGAACCUGGAUGAAAAAGAUUGGACAACUAUUUAGUGGACUGACACGAUACUUAAGUAAUUAAUAAGUUAAAUUCAGUAUCAGAAAAAGAUAGUGCCACUUAAGAGUUAAUAUCCAUUUUCCUGUUGUCAGCAUCAAUCAUAGGAGAAAAUGGCAUACUAUUUACUUGCUACUUUUUUUUACAGAUGGUUUCUGACUCUUCUGGGAUUUAAAAUUGAGAAGUGGCUUCAUUCUACUCAAUAGGUAAUUGAAUUUGCGAACUCUUUCUAUUCCCUAGCAUUUCUGCUUACAAACUGAUGAAUUCUGAGUUUGUCUUUGUUCCUGUGUAUCUUGUCAAAUGUAGCCCACAGCAACCAUAAAAUUUUUUUUUUCUCUAGUAAAGGGUACAUUAUCUGCCUUCCAGCUUCUUUCAAGAGACAGUUUCACCCAUCCAUAACUUGAAUUGUUCCUGCGUAAGUUAUUUCUUCCAUCCUCCAAUAGCAUCCUCCAAACUCCAUCCUGAAUGCCUAUGACAACCAAGCCAAUGUUCAAUAGUUGACAUUUUGUGUAAAAAGAACCAGUUUCUGUAUUGGGAUGGGCUAGGUUGCCAUACAGUAACAACCACAAAAUCUCAAUGACUCACACAGUUUUUCUCUCACUUGGGCAAGGACUUUGCUCUAGAUCAGGUCAGUCAUAGGCAAAAAUCUGUUCUGCUGCUUGUUUCUGUAAGUAAAGUUUUAUUGGAAGACAGCCUUGCCCGUUGGUGUAUUGUCUGUGGCUGCUUGUGUUCUACAGUUGCAGAGUAGAGUAGUUGUGACAGAAUGUAUGGCCCACAAAGUCUAAAAUAUUUACUGUGUGACCCUUUACGGAAAAUAUUAACUGAUCACUGCUCUAAGUUGUCCUUAUUCUGGGACUUAGGCUGACCAAGCAGAUGCCAUUUUGGGUGUGGCUGCUCGUUUUGAGAAAUGAAAAGAGUCUGGCAAGUCACUCAUAGGCCCUUGAAGUACUUUUGGCUAAAGUAAAUCAUGGCCACCAAAAUCCAGUCACAUGCAUGGGAGGAAAACCAGAAAUAUUUGGAAGACAGCACUGCUGAUUAACACAUGGUUGUAGCUCUUCGUUUACAGAAUUUCUUUCAAAAUAUUUUUUUGAGAUAAAAUUUAUAUUCAGUAAAGUGUGCAAAUAUUAAGUGUGGAUUUAUAUUUUACUCUUGAACCCAUCACCCAGAUCAAGAUAGUAAACAUUUCUAGUAUCCUGUAGAUGUCCUUAUAUCCCUCCCACACACACAUAACCACUAUUCUGACCUUUAUCCCUAUAUAUUACUUUUGUCUAUUUUAAAACAAUGUAAAUGUAAUGAUUAUAUGUACUCUCGUGUCUUUAGUUCAACAUUAUGUAUGUGAGUCCAUGUUGUUGCAUGUAACCGCUGUUCAUUUUUUACUUCUGUGUAGUAUUCUCUUGUAUGACAUUAUCACAAUUUAUGAAUUUAUUCUAGUAUUGAUGGAAAUUUUGGUUGUUUCCAGUUUGUGGUUAUUAUAAAUAAAGUUGUUGUGGACAUUUUUGUAUCUGCCUUUCAGUAAA